AUGACUAUUGAAGAUAGCUUAAAUUUAAACGAUCUUUGUAAAGAAAUAAAAUCUCUGGCUACAUUACCUCAUACCAAUUUUAAAGAUUAUUUUGCUACAAUUGAAAAUUAUUGUUUAGUAAAUGUUCAAAAUUUAAAUAAUAAUUUGUAUAAAGUUCUUGAACUAUACUCAUUAAAAAAUGAAAAAUGUUGUUGUUUUGUUAUUGAUUUUAUUGCUAAAGCAAGUUCAUUAGAUUGUAGUAUAAUGGUAAAAUCAGUGCCAAUAUUAUUAUCAGCAAUGAAAAAUGGUAAAUUAGAAGUACAAAGGCAUGCUGUUCUUUGCUGUUCAAAUAUUUAUGAACGAGUUUUGAGAUGGGUAAUGGAUAAUAUGGGAGAUGUUACUGUUCAAAAGACAUGGGAAAUGUUUUUUACAUUAAAAGAAAGAAUUUUUGCAGCUUUUCCAAAUUUAGCACAAUCUGUUAGAAUGUAUGUCGUUAGAUUAAUGGAAAAAAUUGUUACUUGUCAAACAGCAUUAGAAGGUGAAAAAAAUGAGGAAGAAAAUGUUGGAUUUUCAUUGAAUGAUAUUCCCCGAACACAUAAAUUUGUUUCAUAUAGAAAAAUGCAACAGGAAGGUGAAGAUACUUUAAGAAAAAUGAUUGCUUUGUUUUCUGAUAAAAAUUUAUCAUUAUCACUUGCCUUAGUUAAUAUAACAUCUCUUUUUAAUAUUGGAAGAAAAAGAACUGUUUUAAUGUCUCUUACUAUAAAAUCAGUACAUUCUUUUAUUAAUAAUGGAUUACCACGUUUUACAGAAUAUAGUUUCAAAAGUUUAAAAAAACAAAUAAAAAAAGAAUUUGCACGUAUUUUAGGAAUGGAUAAUAUGGAUAGUUUUAAGGUUGAAGUUGUAAAUAAUUUAAGACUAAUGGGUUUUUCAACGGCAGAAAUAGAAAAAAUUAAGAUUGAAAAUUCACGUGCUGCUAGAGCUGCAAUGAAAAGAAAGGCUGCUGGUCCUGUUCAUUAUGAUUUUGAUUAUGGUCCAAAAAAAAACAAAACUAUCUAUAGAGAAGUUGUUACAACAAGACAAAAUGUUGUAAUAGAUUCAAUUAAACAUGAAAGAGAACGUAUAGAAGAAAUAGAAAAAUUUUCUAAUUUUGCUUUUCUUGAAGCUGUAAGAACAGAAUUGGUUAAAACAUGUAUUAAUGUUUUUCUUGAAUACAAAAAUUGUCAUACUGUUUUACAUAAUAAAUUAACCGAAAUGAGUAAAGAAGAAUUAGAAAAAUAUUGUUCUGAUGUUGGUUCACGUUUAGCAUUUGAAGAAGCUGGUUGUUUACAUGAACCAGCAUCAAUUCUUAAAAGAAAAGAUAUUUUUGUUUUAGCUGAACCAAAAGUUUAUCCAUGUCCGGCAAAUUAUGACAUAUAUUUUAAUCCAAUAAGAAAACUUGAAAGUAUAAAAAAUGAAGAAAAAGAAACAAUGUAUGAGUAUAAUUUUACAAGAAUGUUAAAAAAUGAAAAAAUUUUAAAAACAGUUGGUGGUUUUAGAACAUUUACAAAUUCUGUUGUUGGUUAUAUAACAAAAUUUUAUAAUACAAAAACAAUAAAAUGUGAACAAAUUUUAAUUAAUUUUAUUCUUGAUAAUCCUGAAGAAAGAAUGUGUAUUGCAUUAACAUGGUUAGAUGAAUUAUUUAAUAUUUAUGAUGAUUAUAAGACUAAUUGUUUUACAAUUAAUAAUGAAGAAGGUUUAAUGGAUGAAGAUGAAGCAUUUGAAAGAUAUUGUAAUAUUCUUGACAAUUUACUUGAAGCGUCUUUUAAUAAACAUAAUUAUAAUAGUCCACUGUAUGAAACAAUUUUUUCAAAUGUACAACGAUAUAGUCCUAAUGCAUUAAAUUUUCUUGAAAAAAUGAUACUAACAAUAAAACAUACGGAAGCAGCAUUUCGUUACUUAGAAAAUGCAUUUGUUAGUCAAUCCAGGAAUAUAGAAUGUUUAUUUGAAUUUUUAUGGAAAUUUACAGUAUCAGAGAAUAAUGUAAUUUCAGGACAUGCAAUGAAGUUAGGGAAAUUAUUAUAUGAAGACAUGGAAUUUCGAGAAAAUAUUAAAUUGAUAAUAGAAGAAAAAUUAGAAAUAGUUUGUUUACCAAAUUGUCCAGAAUAUUUUAAUUCUACAGAAUUAGAUGAAAAUGGUUUAGCAAUAUGGAAUUCACAAUUAAUAAAAAGAGCUUUAAAUUUAUUUACAGAAUAUUUACUUCUUGAUUCACGAUUAUAUGAAAAAUUAUUAGAAGUUUUUAUUAAAAGUGAUAACAGAGUUAAAAAAGAAAUAAUAAAAGCUGUUGAACCUUCAGUUAUAAAACAUGGUAUUGAUAAUGAAGAUAUACUUAAUUUAAUAAAAACAACUCCAAAAGCAGGUGAAAUAUUAUCAUUAACAAUAGUUUCUAUAUUAACAAAAGACAGAAGUCCUACAAAACAAUUAGUUGAAUGUGUCAAAGAACAACAUAGAAGAAUUGAUUGUAAUGUUAGAUGUUUAAUUCCAAUUUUAGUAGGAUUUAGUAAAGAAGAAUUUCUAGAAAUAUUGCCUAAAUAUUUUGAUAAAAAAAAUAAUGCAAAUGUAUUUCCACCAUUAUUUAAAAAAGUUUUACAAGAAAAAGCUAUUGAUAGUAAUGAAUCAUUAAUAUCACCAUCAGAAUUAUUACUAAAACUAAUUGAAAUUGGUGUUGAUGAUAAUGAAGAAUUAAUAUCACAAGCUAUUGAUAUAUUAUUGGAAAAUCUUUUUAUUUAUUCAGGUGAUGUUAUGAAAGUAUUAGAGGAAUCACGUAUAAAAGAAUACUUUACAAAAACAUUUUUUUACACAAUUGAAAAAUUAUAUGUACUUGCAAAAUCUUCACAUGAUUUUAUUCUUGAAUUAAUUACAAAAAUAUCACAGACACAUAACAUUACUGAUAAUAAUGAACUUUGGAAUCACUAUAAAACUAUUUGUAUCGAAGUUUCAAAAGAUCCAAGAAUGUUUUCAUUUUCUAAUGAAUGUGAAUAA